AUGCCUGCCAAGCACGACAUCAACAAAGUCGGCGAGGAGUCGUCAGAUUUCCCGAUAUUGACACUUGCUGACGGACUUACAGGCCUCGGCUCCAACCCUUACCUACGGAUGAGCAAGCAAGAGUUCGGCUCGGAAUGCAAGAUCUGUAAUCGACCCUUCACGGUCUUCAGGUGGAACCCCGGAGAGGGCUCGCGAUGGAAGAAGACUGAGGUGUGCACGACAUGUUCCAAGAUUAAGGGAGUUUGUCAGACGUGUUUGCUGGAUCUGGAGUUUGGACUGCCUGUACAAGUCAGAGAUGCUGCUCUCGGGCGGAAGAACGGAGCCCCAUCAUCCGAUAUCAACAAACAAUUCUACAUCCAAAAUCUAGAAAAGCAGAUGGAGAACUCGCCAGAUGGGAUGACAUUCGACAGCGAACAAGCCAACCGGGCCGGUCGGGAACUGCUGAAAGGGAUGGCGAGGACAGAUCCGCAUUAUAAGCGGAACAGGCCACAUAUCUGCUCGUUCUUCGUCAAGGGGGAUUGUAAGCGGGGUGCCGAGUGUCCUUUCCGGCACGAAAUACCAGAAGAGAAUGGACUACAAAAGCAAAACAUCCAGGAUCGGUAUUAUGGGAAAAACGACCCGGUGGCCAAGAAGAUCUUGGGCAAGGUCGCGGCGGAGAAGGGGAUGGUGGCGCCGGCGGACAAGUCGGUCACGACACUGGUACUCCUUGGCUUACCAGAAUGUACCGAUGCGGACGUCCGGACAGCUAUGAUUUUCUCUUGUCCGUUUGUCAGUCCAAACGAGAUCAAGAGCAUCUCGAUGAUCGCUGCGAGCCAUUGCGCCUUUGUCAACCUUAUCAACAGGCCAUUAGCGGAACGCGCCGCAGAGGCACUUUCGGCCCAGAGCGGGAUCGAAGUACAAGGAAAGAAGGUUCGGGUGGUAUGGGGCAAGAGUAGGCCAGGUAAGGGCAAGGGCAAGGCGGCGGCCACAGAGGGAGAAGGAGCAGGCGGCGCGGAAGCCGUCGAGGCGUAA